UUCCUCGCCUCACGGUCGUCUUCACUCGCUUGGCCACUAGCCAGUAGCCCCUGCUGCUCUCUCGCCUCAGAUCACAUCACUCGCCAGCCCCAUGGCCGCCGACCGCCGCUUCAAGAUCUUCGCGGCCGCCGACGGCUUCGGCCAGCCGCUCAAGGACGCCGUCGUCGCGCACCUCCGCGCGCACCCCGCCGUCGCCGAGGUCGUCGACCUCGGCGUUGACAAGUACUACGCCGCCGCAGCAGCCGUCGCUCGCCAAGUCUCCUCCCCCUCCUCCGAUUCGGCGCCCGACGCCCCCGAGGUCCGCGGCGUCGUCGUCUGCGGCACCGGCGCCGGCGUCUGCAUCUUCGCCAACAAGUACCCGCGCGUCUACGCCACCCACUGCGCCUCCCCCGCCGACGCCGUCAACACCCGCUCCAUCAACGCCUGCAACGUCCUCGCGCUCUCGGGGAUGGCCACGCCGCCCGACGCCGCCGCCGCCAUCGCGGACACCUGGCUCGCCACGCCAUUCCGCGCCCCCUGCCCGGCCUCCGGCGACGCGCCCUGGCCGGAGGACAUCCAGCGGUUCCUCGACACCGCGCCGGACGAGAUGGCCGCCAUCCCCGAGGCCGAGGUGCCCCCCAACUCUGCCUGCGCCAUCUGCUGCCUCAGGAACGGGAUGGAGUUCGAGCCGGUGGGGAUUAUGCCCGGGGGCGAGAUGCGGAUCGUGCGGGAGAGCCCCACCUCGGCGUACGUCCGGUUCAAGGCCGGCAGCGUGGAGCCGGCGCACCACCACACCUUUGGCCACGACCUGGUGGUCGUCAAGGGCAAGAAGAAGGUCUGGAACCUCACCAAGAAGGAGAGCUACGACCUGGUGGACGGAGAUUUCCUCUUCACUCCGGCCGGGGACGUGCACAGGGUGAAGUACUUCGAGGACACGGAGUUCUUCAUCCGAUGGGAUGGGCACUGGGACAUCUUCCUCGACGAGGAUCUCGACACCGCACGCAGUGCAAUUGAUGCGGAGCUUGGAGCAGCCAGCAAGUGAGGUAACUGCAUCUAUGUGUGGCAAUGGCAAAUGCUUCUGAAGUUACAUGCCCUCCUCUUGUCUUGCGAUCUUGGUUGUUAUAAUUGUUUUUGUCAUCAUGUUGCCAUGUUGGUGUGAUCAUCUUGUCUUGCAAUGUUGUGCCUUAUGCUUAUCGACAACGAUGAUAGCAAGCAAUACAAUAUGAUUACUGAAUAAAACUACAAAUGCAAGGUUGCUGAUCUUUGUUCUUUGAACUAAUUUCAUGUUUAUGGAAGCUAUGAGUUUUAUGUCA